CACACUUCCACACACCACCCACCGCCACAUGCACACUAUUCAUGGAGCCAUCUAGAAGCACAUUAGUUCAUCGCAUCGCCAAAUAGUCCUCGCGUCCAACCAGCCUCUGUUACUAACCUCACACCCCUAUCUUAUCUAACAGUAGCGCGCUCCUGUCAUAACCCGCUGGGCGACCUUGUCUCGGUUACGAACCUCAUACCCCUAUCGCAUCCGCACACGCAUCCUGCGCAUCAGCGAUUGCAGCAGCCUCACAACCUCGUCGCUGCUCGGCGUUUCCCGGCUUUUCCUGGCUUUUGCUUUCGCACAACGAAGCAUAAGGGGUGUUCGGGUGGUCGAGGAUCGGCCCGUGCAGGAUGUAUUCGGGGCCGGCAGGAUUCCAGGGCGCGCCAGCGACGAAGGCCGUCAUCCUUGUGUCUGCGGCGCUCUCUCUCGUGCUCGCCUCGCGAUCCUCGCACUCAUCCCACCCAUUCGCGCUCUCGAAAGAGGCCCUGUUCUCGCGCCGUGAGUGGUGGCGUGUGCCGCUGUCGCAGCUGUGCGUGGCGACGACCCCUGACCUGCUAGUGUGCGCGCUGCUGCUUUACUCCUUCCGCUUCUUUGAACGGCAUUUGGGGUCUGCUAAGUUCGUGGUCCUCUGCUCCUUCUCUACACUCGUCUCCCUCUCUCUCCAAGUCCUGCUCCUGCUGCUCGUGCCCUCCCCAUCCGCAUCCCUGUUGGACGACCCCCCGCCUCCUUUCCACCUAGCAUCGGGCCCUCUGGGCCUCCUGUUCGCGCUCUUCCUGCUCUUCUUCGCUGAUGUCCCACCCACCGCCCGAUACCUCCUGCUCUCCCGUGUUCCGCUAUCCGACAAGGCUCUCGUGUACCUGGGAGGGCUGCAGCUGCUUUUUUCCUCCGGUCUCUCCUCCAUCGUCCCUGCUGUAACGGGGGUGAUAGCAGGGGCGCUCUAUCGCUCCAACGCCCUUGGAAUACGCAAGGCCAAGGUGCCUGACCCCAUAGCUCGCUUCGCCUCUGCGUGGAUCGCCCCUCUGCUGCUCUGGCCCUCCGGCUCCUUCUCCGCCUCCUCCUCUGUCGCGGCUCAACAGCUCGCGCAUCGACGGAGGCAGCAGCAGCAGCAGCGCCACCAGCUGCAGCAGCAGCCGCAGCGGCCUCUGCACCAUCACAUGCCGCCCCCCCCUCCAGUGGCAGCAGCGGAGCCCUCCCCAGCGCACGUGGAGUCGCUAGUGGCCAUGGGCUUUGAGCGCGAAGCAGCAGAGGGGGCGCUCAGGAGAGCCAGGAACGACCUGCACCUUGCCACCAACCUGCUGCUAGAGGGGUGAAGAGUGGUGGAGAGGGGUGAGUUCACAUAGUGUGGGGCGGGUAUAGGUCUAGAAGAAGCGGCAGAGGGAGUGCUCAGGAGAGCCAGGAACGACCUGCACCUCGCUACAAACCUGCUGCUGGAGGGGUGAAGAGUGGUGGAGAGGGGUGAUGACAAAGAGUAUGGUGCAGGUAUAGUAAUAGAAGCAGCAGAGGGUGUGCUGAGGAAAGCCAGGAACGACCUGCACCUCGCCACGAACCUGCUGCUGGAAGGGUGACGAGGGGUGGAGUGGGUUGAAGAGGGGUGAGGGGAGAAGAGAGGGAUUGAAGGGGAGACGCACAAUUGGUGGGGCGAACUGGGGUCUGGAAGCAGCUGCUGGGGCGCUCAGGCGCGCCAGGAAGGAGCCCUGGGCCCUGGCAUAGGACCGACCUUCACCUUGCUACCAAUCUGCAGGGGUGAGGGAGGAUGAGGAGGAUUGUGCUGUGGAACGAGGAUCAUUUGGACAAUGGAUCUGGUGAACGGGGGGGUGCAAGGGUAGCAGUUAAGGUAUGCAGGUUAUUAGUAAAGAAGACACCACGUGCUUUCACGAGAUGCGAAGCGCGAGGGAUGUGAGGGGCUGCUCUUGUGCUGUGGCACAAGCAGUGUUGCAUAGUGAGGAUUGUGUGUUGUGUUGGUGAUUGAUGGCACUGGCAUUCACCAGUCAUAAAUGUGGAAGCCUGCAGGUGCUAAACCAGACAUGCUGGAGAAGCAAACCGUUCAUUAUACAACGAUUCCUUGGUAUA